AUGGCGACCGUCGUCGUCAAGGAAGAGAGCUGUCCGUCGGGCGACGCGAGCUUCGGCGACGUGCUGAACGCGCUCUUGACGUCGCUGCCGUCGGACGCGUCCUCGGCCUUCUUCCGCUGCCUCGCGGGCUUGACGGCCGAAGAGUCCAACGACCUCGCCAAGUACGUCGUGCAGCUCAAGGAAGAGAAGAAGUUCCGCGUGAUCCAAGCCAUGGCCGACUCGACGAUCCCAGCGAAGAAGAAGUUUCUCGACAGCCUCCGCCUCAAGUUUGAGCGGCUCAAGGCGCAGGCGCCGACCGAUGGCCGGGCGCCGCUGGUACGGACCAUCUCGCGUCAAUCGACGCUGCUGCAAGUGACGUAG